AGGAUUUCCAGGCUGCCAAGGCAUCUGGAGCGUUUCGAUCACCUGGUGAGGCUGGACGUGUCCGGCAACUACCUUGCUGUGCUGCCAGACAGCGUCAUGCACAUGACGAGCCUUGAAGAGCUUCUCCUCAACCGCAACCUCCUGACAGCUCUCCCUCCCUCCCUCGCUCAUCUCACUCGCCUCCAGCGACUGGAGGUGCGAGGCAACAAGCUUGCAACUCUGCCGGACAUGGAGGACAUGAUGUCGCUUGCCCGCCUCGACGUCUCUGAGAACAUGCUCGUCACCAUCCCCAACAGCCUCGGGUACUCGCGCUCCCUCCGCUCCCUGGACUUGCGGUACAACCAGCUGCGCUCGCUCCCUGAGCAGCUGGGCUUCAUAGGGGAGUCGAUGCUGGAGCUCUUGUCAGACUUCAACUUCGUGUACGACAUGCCCUCAACCUUGAAGAAGCUCUACAACCUCCACACUCUCCAGCUCAGCAACAACCGCAUCAAGACCCUCCCCAACGAGUGCCUCGAGUUCCUCACCAGCCUGACCUCCCUCGACGUCUCACACAACUUCCUUCAGGCCAUCCCCAAGGCCAUCGGCCUCUGCAAGAACAUCGGCAGCUUGUACAUGAACAACAACAAAAUCAAACGGCUUCCUCGUAGCAUUCAAGGGAUGAUAAGUCUUGUUACGUUACAGUUGUCUAACAACCAGGUCAGCUUGUUCCCC